UACAAACUCUGAGACCUGGUCUCAACAUUUUUUUGAACAUAGCUUCAAUGCAUGAACCGUUUUCAAUAUUUUUAAUUUAUGUAUAAACACUUUAAAGGUUAACCAACCUGGCAAGGCCGACUUACAAUUCAUUUUAAAUGACUUGCACUCUCCUGAUGGCCUUUGAGGCAAGCACAUUACCUGCAAUACCACUAGCUGUAGUAUUGCAGCCCACCUUGCUCUUUUUAUAUUUAAACUUAAUUUUAGCCUUAAAGAUCUCAUAUGAAGUUGACUUAUAUACAACACUAUGUUGCACAUACCUUUGACCUUGUGGAGAUUAAGAAUACUGUCAGCCAUGUUCUGUCCUUUUGCAAAAUUAGAAGCAGUCCCACCAUUGACUUGCUAAUAAAGAAGUCUGAUAUAAUAUAAAAUUAUUAUGAUGGUUUCCACGUUAAGCUGCCAAAGCAACCAGUAUAAAAUGGGAAUACUUAAAGCUCAAACGAUCACUGCACCAUGGGGAACUGUAUACGUGGAAUGUCCGACGAAUGCCAUGAGAGAGUUGUCUCCUUGAAUGGUGCAGAGAAAGAGUUCAAAGCUUCAACACCAAUCAAAAGAAUCAUUUCUGGUCGCUACCAGGGCUAUAAGUUGGUGCAACAUACCAAGCCAUUCUCACCAUUGCCUCAAGAUUCCAAGCUUGAGCCAGGGGGGAUUUACUAUCUUGUGCCGGAUGUGCCAAACGUGCCAUGUAAGCCUUUGAUUUCUAUUGAAAAGGCUAAACAAGAGAUACGCAAAACUGGGAUACUAAAGAUUGUGAUCACAAAGCAGCAGUUGGAGUUUCUGCUGAGAAAUGCAAAGAAGUUCCAGUCUGGAAAGCUUGCAGUCCAGUUCUCUGAGAGUUUUGAACAGGAUUAUCGGAAAUGUUGAGUUGGAUCCGUAUGGUUCAGAAGAUGGUAACCCGUAGCUGCACAGGUGUUGGAGAGGCACUUUUUUAUGUAUGUUUCGUGUCAGCAGUUCUACUCUUGGCAAUUGGAGCAAUUUUUUAGCUCUUAACACUGGGAAAUAUUAAAGGUCAUCACUAGCGUUAUUCUGGUGUGUCAGUUUAUGUAGAACUAUGUUAGUACCUUACAUUUUAAAUGGGUACAAAUAUGUGAAUGCCUCAAGUCAUAGUUUU